AUCGGAUAAAUUGAUCAGUACAUGAGAAUAUGGCAGACUACGAGGCCACUGCACCAACUGAACCAUGGGAGCUCCUCGACGACCUGCAGUUCCUGAUCGCGACCGACGAAGGGUUGCUCGAUGGACUAGAUCGUGUAUGUGGUAUGCUAGACGACAGCGAUCCUAGCGAAGUAUCGUUGGACACGCGGUCGGUCACUCCCGUGGAUGCCAGCGGCAACUCAAGUACUGCUCAGCCUCCGCCGCCACUGGCGAAUGGGACCAAGCGAAAGUACAAACGCACGACGUUCGAAGCGCGUCAAAAGCUUGAGAUGCAGCUCCUGCGCGACGAAGUGGAGUCGUUGAAGGCCACGCUGCGCGACCCGAACCUGUCGCGCCAACUCAUCACAUCGUCUUCCUCCAUGUGGAAAUGCAAUGCCCAGCGCGAACGUUUCGAAAUAAACAAGUCGCUGCAAGAGAACGAGGAGCUUCGGGAGGCGGUGGACGAACAAGCCACGUUUAUCGACCACAUGCAGCGAGUGUUCACGAAGAAACCUCGACUGGCGAUUCUGCGCGAUGUUGAUUCAGCGGAAUGGCAGGCGUACCGCGUGGCGGCCCAAGACUCGCUCCGCGUUGCCGCCAUCCACGCCAUAGCGGACCGCCACUUCCGCCGCAUGCCGACUGCCUUUCUUCGGGCCGGCCUUGUGCACGACCAACCCACCCACGACAUGAUGCGCACGAGGGUACUGCCGCAGUCACACGGUGUCACAUUGUUUGAAAUUGCCAAUCACAUCACGCUGGCCGCGCCUUGGAGAGACGUCAGCGACGCUGCAUGGAGUGCCAUCAGUGGCCCUGCGCUCUACCUUCCUCCGGGCAUGUCCGAGGAAUUUGAAGUGUUGGGGGCGCGCACAGUGUACAGUCGCAUCACAGACGCCCGCAACCCCACGAAACGGUGGCACCAGAACCUCAUUCGCAAGCAUUAUCCCAGCGCAGACAACGAACAGCGGGAUGUAUUUAUUGCGCGGGCCGUCUUGGAAGAUGCGCUGACGCCGUACACGCCGCAUUCGUCGGUCGAGAACAAAUGGGUGUGGAUGCAAGUGGCGGCCGACCCCCAUGUCCCCAACUCGUGUCAGUUUACACUGUUAGUGCAACUUCAGCUCGAAGGCGACGAUGCAGCGGCGGUGGAAGAUGGUUCUGAAGUAACGUUCAAAAUGAACCAGCUGGGCGUGGUGGACAGGCCGGGGUUUUUGCCGUCGACGCCGUCGAUGCUGCACCUGGACCCGUCACGACUGCCGCCGUCGCACCUCCGCUUGUUCGUGGAAGGAGGGAAUCGCAUGCACGUUGCUGUCACCACGGCAAUCAAUGCCGUCGUACAUCGGUACACUACUCGCUCCUCCUGACAGCUUCCUGAUCUUAAGUUUCAAAAAUCACAAAUCCUGAAGUGUGGACGUUGGUCAGAAUCCACGGAUAGUUCAACUAGUACGACUACUAGUAGUACUACUGUACUACUAUACGGUAGUAGUAGCAGAAUUGUGUGAUAAAGAUAUUGUCCUUUUAC